CGUUAGGCUACUGGGUUCAUUUUUUUGGAAUGUAAAAUUCAGAAAAACACAAAAUGAAAUAAUGGCGAUACAUUGUGUGAGAAUAUCCAAUAAAUGUAAAACGCUGAAAACCAAACAGUUUUCGGCGACUGAGACCACACUACUAGGCUAUAUCUGUGACUGAGACGCAGAAAAUCCAAUACAGCCAAUGAAAACUGGAUACCUCGAGUUCUCUCGGUUUGGAAGACGACAACGCGUUGUCACUAGCAUUGUCUCAAAACAUUGCGCAACGCGUAGCCUAGUAGAAAGCGUACAGAUAGUUAGCAGUCUGUAUUUUUGUGACAUCGCUAGUCUUCAUGCACGUUUCCUGUUUCCUGGAAUGGAGCGAACCUGACUUACAAUAAAGAUGUUCCGUGUCGUUUCUGAAACGUAACCGUCGAUGUUUUUGUUGGAUUUUUAGCUGUUUAGCUAGCUAGCUUGGUGUUCAGCUUAUAUGCAGCUGUUUUUCGAUUUUCACAGCCAUCGAUUCAAGAGACAAAAUAACGAAAGGAAGAUAUGGUCAAGGUUGUGCUUUCAUUGGAUCCAUACGGAUUUUUGGAUUUUUACGAGGAGGAAUAUAAAAAAUUAGCACAAAUGCAAACAAUUAUGACAAAUUGUGAAUUGCAUAGGCUAUGUGUUUAAGAAAGGUUUGCUGUAUAUCAAAACAGAGUUAAUCUAACUCUGUUUAGCUAAGAAAACGGUUUCUGUGUGACCAAAUGGCUUGCGGUGAUGGAAGAAAAGCUUGCUAAAUUAAAGGGAUGGAAAUGCCUGUUUUACUGAUAUUGACCGUGGGUUCAGUGUGCGUAGUGUGCUGAUAACGGUCGAAUGGACUUUUAACUAUGCAUUUAAUUUUUAGUUAAAUGUAUAUACCGUUCAUCAAAGAAUGUCUAUUUGCGAUUGCCAGUAUUGAACGUAGUAGUGUUAAUGUUACACGUCAAAUGUUGAACAGAAACUGCUUGUUGUGAAUGUCAUCAAAACCUUGUUUAAACGUUCGUGAAACUGCACGUAGAGCAUUAGAUUAAGGAUUGAAGUUACAUGCGACAUGGCAUCAAAACAAUAGGGCUACAGUAAUCUGUUUUAAUGUUAUUUUAACCAGAUUAAGUUAUUUUGGUCAUUAACUUGUUUAGACACAAGUGAAAAUUCUCUUAGGCUAGUCUCACCUCGUGUUCAAAUGCGGAACAACCAAGAGCGUAGAAGAACGGCUUGAUUUUUAUUUUUAGAAAAUAUAAUAUUAUGUAUUUUUUGACUUGGUCAGACAUCACACCAUUUAGUCUUUUGUCCAUCUGACGGGACGUGCAAGGAUAUAUAAAUGAUAGCACGUCAAAAAAGAAGACCUGCUGAUUUCACUACCGUACUGUCGACCCAAUUGAAACUUGACAUUGGAAUGUAGCAUAGCUGCCCAUUUGCACUGCCUUAUCAGUGGAGCAUCGUUUCUGACACGGUUGCCAGCUGCUCAGAUUUUUUUUGGACGGUCUCGGAUCUCGGAAGGAACCGCAGUUUGUUUCUACUUCGUGGUGAGCCUGAACUGCGGGGAAUCAUGCGCCUGUCCUCGUUUCUGGCGCUGUUCCGGCCUGCGCUACCUCUCAUCCUGGGGCUGUCGCUGGGCUGCAGCCUGAGUCUGCUCAUGGUGUCCUGGACGCAGGGAGACACGGAGGAGUCCUGUGGAGACGAAUUUGUAAAUGGGGGACUGUUCCCGGGCAGUCUCGGGGGGGACCGCCAAGGAGGUCACGGAGCCGAUCCCGGGAACGAGGAUUUUCAGCCUCGCGUAGUGCCCUACCACAAGGACCCCAAUAAGCCGCACAAGAAAGUUCUCAGGACGCGCUACAUCCACACGGAGCUGGGCAUACGGGAGCGCCUCCUGGUGGGCGUGCUGACCUCGCGCGCCACCCUGGGCACGCUGGGCGUGGCGGUCAACCGCACGGUGGCGCACCACUUCCACCGCACCUUCUUCUUCACGGGCCUGCGCAGCCCCAAGGUGCCGCACGGCAUGGCGGUGGUGGCGCACGGCGACGACCGCGCCGUCUGGCUGAUGUACGAGACGGUGCGCCACCUGCACGCGCACUUCGGCUCGGACUACGACUGGUUCUACCUGGCGCAGGACGACACGUACACGCAGGCGGAGCGGCUGUCCGAGCUGGUGGCGCACCUGAGCGCCGGGCAGGACCUGUACAUGGGCCGCGCCGAGGAGUUCAUCGGGGGCGAGGAGCGCGCCCGCUACUGCCACGGCGGCUACGGCUACCUGCUCUCGCGCAGCCUGCUGGCGCGCCUGCAGCCGCACCUGGACGCCUGCCGCAACGACAUCCUGAGCGUCAGGCCCGACGAGUGGCUCGGCCGCUGCAUCAUCGACUACCUCGGUCUGAGCUGCGUGGAGAUGCACCAAGAGAUGAUCUACCGCUACUUCGAGCUGGGGAAGAACGCGGACCCCGAGCGGGAGGACAGCCCGCAGUUUAAGAACGCCUUCACCGUGCACCCCGUCUCCGAGCCCGACCUCAUGUACCGCCUGCACAAGCGCUUCAGCCAGAUCGAGCUGGACCGCACCUACCAGCAGAUCCAGCAGCUGCAGGUGCAGAUCAGCAACCUGAGCGAGCUGACCCCCGAGGGCAAGGAGGGCGCCACCUGGCCCGUGGGCAUCAACCCGCCCUUCCGGCCCAAGACGCGCUUCGAGGUGAUCAACUGGGACUACUUCACGGAGGAGCACAUGUACUCGUGCGCCGACGGCGCGCCCAAGUGCGAGCUGCGCGGGGCGGACCGCGCGGACGUGGCCGCCGUGCUGGAGACGGCGGUGGAGCGGCUGAACGAGCGCUACCAGCCGCAGCUCCGCUUCCGCAAGCGCCGCCUGCUCAACGGCUACCGCCGCUUCGACCCCACGCGCGGCAUGGAGUACACCCUGGACCUGGCGCUGGAGGUGCUCACGCAGAAGGGCCACAGCCAGGUCGUGGCCAAGCGGGUGGGGCUGCUGCGCCCGCUCAGCUCCAUCGAGAUCAUCCCCAUGCCCUACGUGACGGAGGCCACCCGCGUGCAGGUCAUCCUGCCCGUCACCGCCCGCGAGCUGGACUACGUGGGCAGCUUCCUGGACGCCUACGCCAUGAACGCGCUGGACGCCCGCGACAACGCGCUGCUCACCUUCCUCUUCGUCUACGACCCCUUCGACGCGCAGCGGGUCAGCGAGGCGGACGUCUUCGCCGGCGUCAAGGCCAUGAUCGGCGAGGUGGAGAAGCGCUACGGCGGCGCCAAGAUCCCCUGGAUCAGCGUGAAGACGGAGGUGCCCUCGCAGGUCAAGCUCAUGGACAUCAUCUCCAAGAAGCACCCGGUGGACACGCUCUUCUUCCUGGCCAGCGUGUGGACGGAGGUCAACGGCGACUUCCUGAACCGCUGCCGCAUGAACGCCAUCAGCAACUGGCAGGUCUUCUUCCCCAUCCACUUCCAGGAGUACAGCCCCGCCAUCGUGUACCGCGACCAGCAGCCCUCGGCGGCGGCCGGGGCGGGGGGCGCGGCCUCCUCCUUCUCCUCGGAGGGCCUGCGCGACGGCCGCUUCGACCGGCACGUCUUCGACGAGGCCUGCUUCUACAACGCCGACUACAUGGGCGCCCGCACCAAGAUGGCCGCCGACAUCCUGGACAACGACGAGCCGCUGGAGAGCAUGGACGUCUACGAGGUCUUCGUGCGCUACUCCGGGCUGCACGUCUUCCGCGCCGUGGAGCCGGCGCUGGUCCAGAAGUACGUGCAGCGGGCGUGCAACCCGCGCUUCAGCGAGGACAUCUACCACCGCUGCGUCCUCAGCAACCUGGAGGGGCUGGCCUCCCGCUCCCACCUGGCCAUGGCCCUGUUUGAGCAGGAGCAGGCCAACAGCACCUAGGGAGCGCCGCUGUGGUUCCCCGUGGCGGGUGCUGCGUUGACAGAGGGACGUGUGGACUCUGUGCAACCUCACCUCAUUGGACGAGACUCGGAGAGACCGUGGGGGGGGGAGAGACUGGAUUGGAUGCACCGAGGACUCCGACGUCUGUUUGACUCAGGCAGGCACACUUGGCGGAUAAACAGCUGAACUCUGAACUCCUCUGGCUUCUUGUUGUCCCUUUUUUGUUAUUUUGUCAAUCGUGGAAACUUUGUCGUGUGAAAGGGUGUAAAUGCAAGCUGUGUUUUUUUUUUUUUUUUCUUCCCGCACCGAAGUUGUUUUCGGUUUGUUCCUGGACUCCUGAAUGGGAUUUUUUUAUACGCGGAAGUCAAA